CGCUCAAUGCGUUUCAGUACUACGGCGCGCCUUGUAUCUGAAAGUUCGCUCUCGCUCAACGAUACGGAUACGCAGCGAUAUGGUACACUUGUGUGGACUGGAUUAGCGCUAAUUCGUUUUUGAUUGCCGCCAGGGGGGAUCGCCAAUGGACCGAUGCAAGGCAGCUGCUACGCCUCUCCUCUGACCAAGGAAACCGAAUACCACCAGCUGGGAUAUAUCCUCGCCAGUCGCAAACAAGAACAACAGGGGCACACGAUCGCAGCGAAGGAUCACAAAAGACUCGUGCCAUAUGAAGCAGGGGGUUGUUGAUAGCGCCUCCUGAAAGAACUACCGACUCAUGCGGUCGUGCGUCGAGACAAAGUGAUCCUGCCGCAAGGAGCAGGACGAGUCGCUUAUCAGCCAUGCAUGGGUAUUGGGGUGGCUGAGGGUUGCAAACACGCGUUCUUAUCUUAAAGCUCAGGCUGUCGGGAGGGUGACGAAAUAGAGCAGAUGUGCAAACAACGGCCCCGAUGACUGAUGACUGACGAAACCCAGCAAUUACAGCUUGAGGGGAGGCGAUAGUUUCCAUCCAACGACGCGUGCUCGGCACACUUGAAGAUCCACUGAAUAGGAGGAUCAACUUUCGCCUGGGCAAUCAGAAUCGGCCUCAGACUAGGAGCUCCUAAAUUUCUAGUAUUAUAAUGUCCGUGGAUAACAGCUUGGGUAUUCUAGACUUCUCUGCGGGUAAGGAGAGUGAGAAAACAGCAAUGACAGCGGCAAACAUAUACAAAACGUCGGAUAAGGAGAACGAUCCGGAAUCCCAUCUUACGGGUACUAUUGUCACCACUGGCGCCACUGCCCAGCCAGCCACGCCCACCACCGCAAAUGCCACCGCCCUGCCAGCCACGCCUACUCUGCCAGCGGGCCAGGAUCUUGGCGACGGUGCCUGUAGUAGUAAAGGCACGGAUGUCAAGUUUCAGUCGUACGGCAAUGGCAAUGGCAAUGGCAAUGGCGUGUACAAGAUCAUCAAGACACUCGGUAAGGGAAACUUUGCCAAGGUCAAGCUGGCAAUCCAUGUGCCCACCGGUCGCGAAGUGGCCAUCAAGGUGAUCGAUAAGACGCAACUCAAUACGAGUGCUCGGCAGAAGCUGUACCGCGAGGUGAAGAUCAUGAAACUGCUGAACCAUCCGAAUAUCGUGCGCCUCUUUCAAGUCAUCGAGUCGGAAAGGACACUGUACCUGGUGAUGGAGUACGCGAGUCGUGGCGAGCUAUUCGACCACCUGGUCAAGAACGGAAGGAUGCGGGAGCGGGAUGCCAGAGUGAUUUUCCGGCAGUUGGUAUCCGCCAUUCAGUACUGCCACAGCAAGUUUGUGGUUCAUCGCGAUCUGAAGGCGGAGAACCUGUUGCUGGACCAGCACAUGAACAUUAAAAUCGCGGACUUUGGUUUCGGCAACACAUUCGAUCCCAACGCCCAGCUGGAAACGUUCUGCGGAAGUCCACCAUAUGCUGCCCCAGAACUUUUCAUGGGCCGGAAGUACGCCGGACCGGAGGUUGAUGCCUGGUCACUGGGAGUGGUCCUGUACACCCUUGUCAGCGGCUCCCUGCCCUUUGAUGGCGGCACCUUGAAGGAGUUGCGGGAAAGAGUGCUGCGGGGCAAAUACCGUGUGCCCUACUACAUCUCCAUGGACUGCGAGAACCUGAUGAGGAAGUUCCUGGUCCUGAAUCCCGCCAAGCGCACUUCGCUUUCGGCUGUGAUGUCGGAUAAGUGGAUAAAUCUGGGCCACGAUGAAACCGACCGAUUGCGCGCGUUUCGCGAGAAGCCCAUGGAGCUGCAGGAUGCCGCCCGGUUCGAUCUACUGGUGAGCAUGGGUCACAAGCGUCGGGAUGUGGAGCAGUCGGUGAAGGGGCAACUGUUCGACGACAUCUACUGUACAUACAUGCUCCUGGGCGUGGCCAAGCCGCGCUCCUCGAGCCGCAGUGCGAAACCGGAGGCUAUACCAACAGUGGACUUGACUACUCCAUCUGUCAGUAGCCCGCUUCCUAAUAUCACCACGCCCACUGUUACCAUAGCUCAUGUCACGCUUGCGCUGGACAAGAAUCCGCCCAUCCACUCCUCCUCCGCCUCGAGUAGACCCAUCGCUCCGCGUUUGGCAAAUGCCCCCAAUACGCCCACUUCGACGCCGCCAACAGGACCGCCUGCCAAGCCCACACGCCGCACUCCAGCCAGGACACCAGCCCGCAAGGCCACCAACCAUUCGAGCGGCCAAGGACGUCCGGAGCCCUCGAGUCUGCCGCACACGCCACAGUCAAAGAGGGCCAGUGCCAACAUGGAUGUGAAGCCCACGCUACUGAGUGCCCAGCGACAGUUGGCCCAGACGCAAAAGCUGGCCAAUACUCCUCCGCGCUUCCAGUACCCCGCUGCUCAAACUCCAAAUCAAGCGCAGGGAUCCUCCAGACGACCCACGACCCUGUACGAGAAAGCGGAACCUGCGGUCACUCCACUUGUGGUGCCCAAGUCGCCGGCCAUCGGCGGUCGACUGCUAGAACGGAUUCCAGGAGCGGGAGCCGUGGAAAAGACCUCCGACAAACCCUUCACCCGACACAAUGUUGCGCGGGCAACUUUCCAUUUCGGCCAGGCUCGUAAUGGCAAACGGGGUGGUGGAUCGGGAAGUGGCGCCGGCGGGGAGGAGGACAGCUACCAGACGCCACCCUUAUCCGCGGACGACACCAAGCCCGCCUCGCGGGUAGGUUUCUUCUCCAAGCUGACCGCACGCUUCGGCCGAAGGGUUAUCCACUUGAACGAAAAGGAUGUCACAGAGCAGCGCAAGAAUCUCACCAAAUAG